UCGCGUUUCGUGGCCGCCACACUCCCAAAGCCAAAGCCAAAGCCAAAGUGAUACCCUCCUUCCUCACCGCAGCCUCCUACGCCGCCGCCAGACCGAAGAAUCCCCCCUUCUUCCAUCGGACGCCACUUCGCGUCGGCGGCGGCCAAGGAGAGUCGCCGCAGAUGGCCGAGCGUUUGACCCGUAUCGCGAUCGUGAGCGAGGACAAGUGCAAGCCCAAGAAGUGCCGCCAGGAGUGCAAAAAGAGUUGCCCUGUCGUCAAGACCGGGAAGCUUUGCAUCGAAGUUAGUCCAGCAGUGAAACUUGCUUUCAUUUCUGAAGAGCUGUGUAUUGGUUGUGGUAUUUGCGUUAAGAAAUGCCCAUUUGAUGCCAUUGAGAUCAUCAACCUUCCAAAAGAUUUGGAAAAAGAUACUACCCAUCGCUAUGGACCAAAUACCUUUAAGUUGCACAGGUUGCCUGUUCCAAGACCUGGUCAAGUUUUGGGCCUUGUUGGUACCAAUGGAAUUGGGAAGUCAACUGCACUUAAAGUGUUGGCUGGCAAGCUGAAGCCUAAUUUGGGACGCUUCAAAAAUCCACCUGAUUGGCAAGAGAUCCUGACAUACUUCCGUGGGUCUGAACUUCAGAAUUAUUUUACACGUAUAUUGGAAGAUAACCUGAAGGCUAUCAUCAAGCCCCAGUAUGUCGACCACAUUCCAAAAGCGGUCCAGGGAAAUGUAGGGCAAGUACUUGAGCAAAAAGAUGAGCGGGAUAUGAAAAAUGAGCUAUGUGUUGAUCUUGAAUUAAACCAAGUCAUUGACAGAAAUGUAGGAGAUCUGUCCGGUGGCGAGCUUCAGAGAUUUGCAAUAGCAGUUGUUGCUGUACAAAGUGCAGAAAUUUACAUGUUUGAUGAGCCAUCAAGUUAUCUUGAUGUUAAGCAGAGGCUUAAGGCUGCACGAGUCAUUAGGUCUUUGCUUAGAUCCAACAGCUAUGUCAUUGUUGUGGAACAUGACUUGAGUGUCCUAGAUUACCUGUCCGACUUUAUUUGCUGCCUAUAUGGGAAGCCAGGUGCUUAUGGUGUAGUUACGUUGCCAUUUUCGGUCCGAGAAGGUAUCAAUAUUUUCCUGGCUGGAUUUGUUCCAACAGAAAACCUUCGAUUUCGAGAGGAAUCUCUUACAUUUAAGAUCGCGGAGACCCAGGAAAAUGCGGAGGAAGUUGCUUCGUACCAGCGGUACAAGUACCCUACCAUGACCAAAACACAGGGAAAUUUCAAGCUCUGUGUAGCUGAGGGUGAAUUCACUGAUUCUCAGAUUGUUGUGAUGCUUGGUGAGAACGGCACAGGGAAAACUACAUUCAUCAGAAUGCUGGCUGGGUUGUUGAAGCCAGAUACUGUGGAAGGAACUGAGGUUGAAAUCCCUGAAUUUAAUGUGUCCUACAAGCCUCAGAAGAUUAGCCCAAAGUUCCAGCAUCCAGUGAGGCACUUGCUUCACUCGAAGAUACGGGAUUCAUAUACUCAUCCUCAGUUUGUGUCUGAUGUCAUGAAACCACUACAAAUUGAGGCACUCAUGGACCAGGAGGUUAUUAAUUUAUCAGGUGGAGAGCUCCAAAGAGUGGCAUUGUGUCUGUGCCUUGGAAAGCCUGCAGAUAUUUAUUUGAUUGAUGAACCAAGUGCAUAUCUCGAUUCAGAGCAGCGCAUUGUUGCUUCAAAGGUUAUCAAACGAUUCAUCCUACAUGCAAAGAAAACUGCAUUUAUUGUUGAGCACGAUUUCAUCAUGGCAACCUACUUAGCGGACAAGGUUAUUGUUUAUGAGGGACGUGCCUCUAUUGACUGUACUGCCAAUGCACCACAGUCUUUGGUAUCUGGGAUGAAUAAAUUCUUAUCGCAUCUUGACAUUACAUUCAGAAGAGACCCGACAAACUAUAGGCCCCGGAUUAACAAACUGGAAUCUACAAAAGACAGAGAACAGAAGAAUGCAGGAUCCUACUACUACCUUGAUGACUAAUGAGAUUCUUCUUGGAGAGCUUCUCAUGCCGAUAAUGUUUGAAUCCGGUGGACUAUAUGCACAAGGCUAACUGGAAGCUGGCACUACAUAAGACUGAGGCAUGCAAAAAUAACUGGGUUUCGGUUAUAAAGCAACGCAUGUGAUGUUGAUGCUGUAUUUUUGUUAGUUUGAUCUGUAUGACGUGAAGGAAGCUGAGUGGCUCUUGAGGGGAGAAUGAUUAUCAGUUUUUGUGUAUCUGCAUUGCUGUAUCAUGGCUUUACCAUCUGGCAUUCUCUAAUCCUUGAAUUAUAGGACACAAAGAUAUUUUGAGUUAUAUAUUUUGUUAUCUAUGAUCAUCAUAUAUUUUUGGGUA